AUGUUCUACACACAUGUGCUUAUGAGUAAGCGAGGGCCAUUGGCCAAAAUCUGGCUUGCUGCUCACUGGGAGAAGAAACUCACAAAGGCUCAUGUAUUUGAAUGUAAUCUAGAGAUAACCAUUGAAAAAAUUCUUUCACCUAAGGUGAAAAUUGCACUUCGAACUUCAGGACACCUUCUUUUGGGAGUUGUGCGAAUCUAUAAUAGGAAGGCAAAAUAUCUUUUGGCAGAUUGCAGUGAAGCAUUGCUUAAAAUGAAGAUGACAUUUCGCCCAGGACUGGUUGACCUUCCAAAAGAGAAUUUUGAAGCUGCUUACAAUGCUAUUACACUGCCAGAAGAAUUUCAUGAUUUUGACAUCCAGAAUCUGAAUGCUAUUGAUGUUUCAGAACACUUUGCUCAGAACCAAAGCAGACCAGAGGAAAUCACACUUAGAGAAGAUUAUGGUAAUGACCUACUUUUCCAAGCUGGAAGCUUUGGGGAAGAAUCUGAAAUUCUCAGAAGACAUAGCUUCUUUGAUGACAACAUAUUGCUGAAUUCCAGUGGUCCUCUAGUUGAACAUAGUUCUGGAAGCCUUGCUGGAGAAAAGUCUCUAUUCUAUGACAGUGGAGAUGGAUUUGGAGAUGAAGGGGCUGCAGGAGAGAUGAUUGACAAUCUACUGCAAGAUGAUCAGAAUAUCCUGUUAGAAGACAUGCAUUUGAGCAGAGAAAUUUCUCUGCCUCCUGAGCCUCCUGAUACUAUAGUGGUGGAACCAGAUAAUCCAGAGUAUAUAUGUCUACCUGAAAAUGGAAAAAUGGAUGACACAUUAUCAAAUGAAGAACAAGGAUUUACCCUUGACCCAAUUGAUGCUUCAGACAUUGCUGAGAAGAGAAAAGGCAAAAAGAGAAAAUUGCUCAUAGAUCCAAUCAAGGAGAUCAGUAGCAAAAUUAUGCAUAAACAGCUUACUUCCUUUACGGACACACUCAUGGUUUUGGAACUUGCACCUCCUACCCAAAGACUGAUGAUGUGGAAGAAGAAGGGAGGAGUGGACACACUUCUGUCAACUGCUGCCCAGGAUUUGACUCAUGCUGAACUGAAAAUGUUGUUUACAAAAUGCUUUCUGUCCUCUGGCUUUAAACUUGGAAGAAAAUUGAUACAGAAGGAAUCAGUAAGGGAAGAAGUGGAAAGCAAAAACAUAAUAGAGACCUCUGUGAUGAAAGAACUAAAUUCCCACCAAGACUUAAAUCAAUCCAAAAUGUGGAAGGAUGUGAUUGAUGGAUCUAACUGUAGCUCUCAUGAGGAUAUCAAUAAAAAUACUAGUUCUGAGCAGGAUAUUGUUGAAAUGGUAUCUUUAGCUGCUGAGGAAUCCUCUUUAAUGAAUGCCAUCUUAGCACAAGAAAAUGAGACUUGUACAGUGGCGUUGGAGUCAUCAGAGAAUGAACAUAAUACUGAGACAGAGAGAUGGAGUCGAAGAAUUCUUCAGAUCUUAAAUAGUUUGAGGGAAUCCAACAAGAUGGGAAUGCAGUACUUUAGUCUGAUGAAACUCUGCAGAAAUAGUGACCGAAAACAAGCUGCUGCCAAAUUUUAUAGCUUUCUUGUCCUAAAAAAACAGCAGGCUAUUGAGCUGAGCCAGAGUACUCCCUAUGCAGAUAUUAUAGCUACAGUGGGACCAAUGUUCCAUAAAAUGUGA